AUUAACAUUGGAUGCCAACCGCCGUUAAACCCAUCGAAGAAGAAGAAGAAGCUGAGAAUGAACGUUGGUUGCUGCUUAAGAAAAAGAGAUCCACAGUGUUCCUGACGUCCAGGUUGAGGAAGUCUGAAGUUUAGGUGUUUGAUUCACACAUUUCUUUCAGAUCUGGUCUACCGUAGGUCGACACGAUGUCCGGCGGUCCCCAUAAUGAUAAGGAGGCCAUGAAUAUAUACUCUAUAACCCUCAACGGCCCGGCACCAUGGGGCUUCAGACUUCAGGGGGGGAAGGACUUCAGCAUGCCCCUGACUGUGUCCAGGCUGACCCCCGGGGGUAAGGCCGCCCAGGCCGGUGUGGGCGUGGGAGAUUGGGUGGUGUCCAUCGGAGAGACCAACGCAGAAGACAUGACCCAUGUGGAGGCACAGAACAAGAUCAGAGCAGCAGAGGAGUCUCUCACCCUCACCCUCAGCAAAGCUUUCCAUGCGGGUGGUGAUCAGAAGGAUUCACUCGCCCCCGCCUCGGUUCAGCCCAAAUACUCCUUCGCCCCCAGCACCGCUAUCAACAAGAUGGCGCGACCAUUCACGCCGGGCGGCGGCAACACGGUCAUUAAACCAGUGACAUACGCCCCUAAAGUUAACACCCCGGCCUCAGCGCCGCCCGCCAGCAUGCUACAGCCACACAACGGCGUCAAGGCCUCUCUGUCACCUGCUAAGGCCCAGACCCAGACGGCAGACAAACCUGACGCCUCUAAGACUUCAGCUACAGUCACGGCUGGUCCUCUGGUACGUCCUCCGUGGGUGACCGACCCAGGGUUCGCUGACCGUUACGCCCCAGACAAGACCAGUACGGUUCUGACCCAGCACAGGCAGCCGGCCCAGCCAACGCCCAUGCAGAACCGCUCCUCUAUCCUACAGGCGGCUCAGCAGGCACCGGAGGACAGCGGAAGGACCCCUCUCUGUGGAGCCUGCAACAAGAUCAUUAGGGGCCGGUACCUGGUGGCUCUGGGUCAGUCCUGGCACCCAGAAGAGUUCCAGUGUUCUCAGUGUAAGGUGAUGUUGGAUGAGGGAGGAUUCUUUGAGGAGAAAGGCUCAAUCUUCUGCUCCAAGUGUUAUGAUAACCGCUACGCUCCCAACUGUGCCAAAUGCAAGAAGACGAUCGUAGGGGAUAUCAUGCACGCUCUGAAGAUGACCUACCAUGUCCAGUGUUUCAUGUGUGCUGCCUGUAAGAGCCCCAUCAGAAACCAGGCCUUCUAUAUGGAGGAGGGAGAACCUUACUGUGAGAGAGAUUAUGAGAAGAUGUUUGGUACUAAGUGUCAUGGCUGUGACUUUAAGAUCGAUGCUGGGGACCGCUUCCUAGAGGCCUUGGGAUACAGUUGGCACGACACCUGCUUCGUCUGCGCUUUCUGCCAGAUCAACCUGGAAGGAAAGACCUUCUACUCUAAGAAGGAUAAGCCGCUGUGUAAAGGCCAUGCCUUCACUCCCGUCUGAGAGGGAGAGAGGUGGUUCAGACAGGAGACCUUCACCAUUCUCUGAACCCUGAAGACCUGUAGAGUGUCAGUUAAUCGCCACUCCACUGCAAACCAGACCGCAUCAGUGCAUCAGAUCCUCACUUAUCGCUCAGCUACAGAUCGAUUCAGCUGCACCUCAUCCUUCAACUUCUAUCCCUGGACUUUCCAAAUGCAUCCCGUACUGGCUCCCUUCACUAAGAGCUAAAGGAAUGUAAAUGUUAACCUUUCUGACCUUAACCGCCUAGUUUCUCUACUGUUGUUACUCAUAGCAGGUUACUCUAGUAUCAUAUGUAAUGGUAUAACAAAGUGAGACAUUAUUCGUUUUGAGUAUAGUGUUAUUACAAACGGAGUCAUUUCAAGCCUUAGCUUCUCUAACUCUAUGUAUUGUCAGUGAAUAUAUAUAUAUAUAUCAUUCCUCCCUCUGUGAUUGUGGUGAUAACCACCUGUUGUUUACAGGGCAUCCUUUACUCCAGUGUGCGAUGGUCAACUGUGUUUGGGCAAUGCCUAUUAGUCUGGUGAAAUGGCAGGCUCAGCCCCUUCUAAUCUCAACCUCGUUCAUUUCACUUUUAAGUGCCUUUUUUUUUUUUAAGUUGAACCAACCGUUUAGUGUGUCAUUUUCUGAGAUGUUACAUUAACUGUCGCUGCACCACCGUCCUCAUUUAAAGUCUCUGGUCCGUUCAACCCUUUGGUUACUGCAGUAAUUAAGGUGAUUUUAAUGGGUACCCUUACUCCAGUACUUAAAGUAAUGUACGGGGCAACCAUACUGCAGUACUUAAGGUAAUGUACGGGGCAGCCAUACUGCAGUACUUAAGGUAAUGUACGGGGCAACCUUACUCCAGUACUUAAGGUGAUUUUAAUGGGAACCCUUACUCCAGUACUUAAGGUGAUUUUAAUGGGAACCCUUACUCCAGUACUUAAGGUGAUUUUAAUGGGAACCCUUACUCCAGUACUUAAGGUGAUUUUAAUGGGAACCCUUACUCCAGUACUUAAGGUAAUGUACGGGGCAACCUUACUGCAGUACUUAAGGUAAUGUGCAUUCCAAAUGGCGCACCCUAUUCCUUAUAUAGUGCACUCAUUUGUAUGGGCUCUGGUAAAAAACACUAGUGCACUAUAAAUGAAAUAGGGAGUCCCUUCGGGACACAAGCCCAUAUUGCACUAGUCACUAUAAAAACUGUCGGACACUCCAUAUUGACCCCAGGGUGACCCAGAAUGCACCACUUCACAUCAGCUAUGUUAUUAAUUGAGUAAUGUAAAUCAGAAUAGUACACCAUAAAAAAGGAAACUAAACUGUGGCUCUUGAAUGGAGAAUAAUCUCAUGGCCAAUUAUAUUCUAGAAUGUUCUAAAUUCAGUUGGAAUUGUGCCGUUGUGUUGUCCUGGGAUUUGUAGUCAUUGUGUUGUCCUGGGAUUUGUAGUCAUUGUGUUGUCCUGGGAUUGGUAGUCAUUGUGUUGUCCUGGGAUUGGUAGUCAUUGUGUUGUCUUGGGAUUUGUAGUCCAUUGUGUUGUCCUGGGAUUUGUAGUCCAUUGUGUUGUCCUGGGAUUUGUAGUCCAUUGUGUUGUCCUGGGAUUGGUAGUCAUUCCACACAAGUGACUAUGUAUUGGACCAAAUACUGUAUGAUCUAGGGUUCUAUUCAAUCCGAAUCCCAGAAGUGCGGCGUGAUUGUUCCCGCGUGGGCGGAGACUGCAUUCCUGGUAAAUGAUGUCGGCUCAAUCCACAAAUUUACAUUCAGAGCGCCCAAUCUGUAUAAUGUCAAACGACACAUUGAAUAGAGCUCAUACACUGAACAAAAAUAUAAAUGGUUUAAUAUACUGAACAAAAAUAUAAACGCAACCAUUUUAAAGAUUUUACUGAGUUCCAGUUCAUAAGGAAAUCAGUCAAUUGAAAUAAAUAAAUUAGGUCCUAAUCUAUGGAUUACACAGGACUGGGCAGGGGUGCAGCCUUGUUUGGGCCUGGGAGGGCAUAGGCCCACCCACUGGGGAGCCAGGCCCAGCCACAAAAGGGCUUUAUUUAAGACAAAUACUCCUCAGUUUCAUCAGCUGUCAGGGUGGAUGGUCUCAGACGUUCCUGCAGCCGGAUGUGGAGGUCCUGGGCUGGUUGGUUGGACGUACUGCCAAAUUUUCUAAAACGACGUUGGAGGCGGCUUAUGGUAGAGAAAUUAACAUUCAAUUCUCUGGCAACAGCUCUGGUGGACGUUCCUGCAGUCAACAUGCCAAUUACACGCUCCAUUGUGUUGUGGGACGAAACGGCAUUUUAGAGUGGCCUUUUAUUGUCCCCAGCACAAGGUGCACCUGUGUAAUGACCAUGCUGUUUAAGCAGCUUCUUGAUAUGCCACACCUGGUCAGGUCGAUGGAUUAUCUUGGCAAAAGAGAAAUGUUCACUGACAGGGAUGUAAACAAAUUUUGUGGACAAAAUUUGAGAGAAAUAAGCUUUUUUGUGAGUGUGGAACAUUUCAUGAGACCUGGGACACUUUACAUGUUACGUUCAUAUUUCUUGUUGAGUAUAUUUACUUAAUGGGUGUGUUUGAAAGGACUGUGUGUUGAAACCUAAUUAUUUUGUAAUGUACUGUGUUCGCUGACUAGUGAGAUUGGUUCACUUCUGAUAUGUACUCAUUCCUACUUUUUUGUACGUCAACCUCUGCUCCAAGAACAAUAAGAUUAUAAUAACAAAAUACUAACAAAUAUAUAUGUAUUAUAGUAUUUUGUAUGAUAUUAAAGUAUCGUAUACCAAGUGCCUUCUCAAGCUUUACACACUCUGAGCUUUAGAAUAAUUAUUAAAUUCUAACUGAAUAACUGCUGUAUUCAUUUGUGUACACGCUAGAGAUGUCUUUAGCGAAAUAAUUGAUAUCUUUGAUCGAGGAGCUGUAUUUGGUAUCAGAACCAGUCAAUCAAUAAAGCAUGUCUGUAUUCUUCCA